AUGGUCCAUGAAGAUUGUGACAGGGAAGAAAGGAUACCACAGCAGCUGGUCUGCUACAGAGCUGAAUGUGAGCCUGGGGGAUUGGAAUUGGAUGGAAAAAGGGAGAGUGAAGAUCUCCUAACUGAUUCCCUUGCAGAUGGGUUCCACGGAGAUCCUAAGGGAGCUGUUCUUUUAUUAAUUUUAUAAUAUUUCAUUGAAAGAGUGAACCAGAGUUCAGAAAAAUUCACAGUGACUGGAUUGACUAGGCCAGUCUUGACUACAUUGGGUAGAACUCUUGAACUCAGUUGUCAGUUGUCUCCACCACAACAUGCACAGCACAUGGAGAUUCGCUGGUUCAGGAACCAUUAUACGAAGCCAGUAUACCUGUACAGGGAUGGUAAAGACCUGCAUGAAGAAACUAUCUCCAAGUAUGUGGAGAGGACAGAACUCCUGAAAAAUGCCAUUGGAGAAGGAAAAGUGACCCUCAGAAUCUUUAAUGUGACUUUUGAUGAUGAUGGGCCAUACCACUGCAUCUUCAAAGAUGGUGAAUUCUAUGAAGAGCACAUCACAGAGGUCAAGGUCACAGUCACAAGCUCAGACAUACAGAUUCUUAUGCAUUCCCCUAAUACCAAAGGUGUGAUGUUGGAGUGUCAUUCGGGAGGUUGGUUCCCACAGCCUCAUAUGGAAUGGAGAGACAGCAAAGGAGAGGUCAUUCCAGCAACAUCAAAAUCCCAUUCACAGGAUGGAAACAAAUUGUUCAACAUGACAAUGGCCCUUUUUAUUAAAGCCAAUUCCUACAGGAAUGUCACUUGCUAUCUUCAAAACCAUCUAACUCACCAAGAAGAAAGUAUAAGUAUUGUCCUAUCAGGUGAACUGUUUUCAUGGAGAAGUAUUUGGAUAUGGAUUCUGAGUAUAAUAGCAUUUGUGCUGGUACCCUUCCUCUUUACUUCCUGUGUUCAGCAACAUCUCACGUGUGGUAAUGGGCAAUUUGAGGCUGAUCAAUCUGAGGGUGGCUGCUCUGUGAUAAAUAGUCCUUGGAAAAAGGGUGUAAUUGUUUUCAUGAUUUCAAUGAUUGCAAUUAUAGGAGUCAUUCUCAUUUUGCAUCUAAAACCAAGAGUCCCAGUUUCAGAUCCACAUUUUGAAUUGGACACUUUAUGGUUGGAAGAUAUUAGUGUGAUCCUCUAUGUGAUGAUAGUGUUCAUCAUCAUGCUUGUUUCAUUUAUUUACUUCAGAUUGCAAGGUAAAUAUGAUGGAAUGGUGGCAACUCAGAAGAUCUGGUUCAUGUGA